AAUUUACUUUAUUAACAAAACCGAAGAAACGCCAUGCUUUGUCAGUUGCGUCGGGGCGGCGUCUCCGCAGUAACCAUGCUUCAACGAUCAAUCACCAAACCCACCACCGCUGCUGCUGGACGGCUUGAUCGUGCCCACUAUUCAGCGUCUGUCGUUGGUCGUCGGAUCAACACCACCGUUGGCCACCGAAAUUGUCGCUUCUGUUCGCUGCAGCGAUCGACCACUGACGACGACAACUCACGUCAAAUCGUUCAGAUUGAUGAGGAGGUUGCAAAGCUAUUGGCUUUGAAGGCCCAACUGCUGAAUCUCGAUGAAGGCGAGCCGGAGCGUGGCAACAAGAAUAUCACACUGAAAACAGCCAAAGGUACCCGCGACUAUGGCCCGGAAGCGAUGGCCCUCCGGUUGGACAUUCUGGAGCGGGUUAAGACCGUGUUCAAGAAGCACGGAGCGGAAACGAUCGACACGCCGGUCUUUGAGCUGAAGGAGGUGCUGACGGGAAAGUACGGCGAGGACAGCAAGUUGAUCUACGAUCUGAAGGAUCAGGGUGGGGAGAUUUUGGCCCUGCGGUACGAUCUGACUGUGCCGUUUGCGAGGUUCGUCGGGAUGGGAAAUGUGUUCAACAUCCGGCGGUAUCACAUUGCCAAGGUCUAUCGGAGAGACAAUCCGUCCAUGACCAAGGGACGCUACAGGGAGUUUUACCAGUGCGAUUUCGACAUCGCCGGAACGUACGAUCCGAUGUUACCGGAUGCGGAGUGCGUGAAGGUGGUGGUGGAGAUUUUGACCGAGUUGGAAGUGGGGGAGUUUGUGAUCAAGUUGAAUCACAGGAAACUUCUGGAUGGUAUGUUCGAGGCGUGCGGAGUUCCGGUGGAUAAGUUCCGGACGAUUUGUUCGUCGGUGGAUAAGCUGGACAAAACGCCGUGGGAGGAAGUUCGGAAGGAGAUGAUCGAUGAAAAGGGUCUGGAUGGGGAGAUAGCUGAUCGGAUCGGGGAGUAUGUGCGGAUGAACGGUGGAGCGGAGCUGGUGGAUACACUGGCCGAGGACGAGAAGUUGAAGAACAUUAAGACGGCUAUGGAGGGUAUCGAAGAUAUGCGACUUUUGUUGCAGUAUUGCGAUGUCUUCGGGCUGAAGGAUAAGAUCAUCUUCGAUCUGAGUUUAGCUCGAGGGUUGGAUUACUAUACGGGGGUGAUUUACGAAGCGGUGCUGAAGGCGGAACCGGUACUGAACGGGGGCGGUGCUGGUGGUAAGGGUAAGGGCAAGGAUAAGGAGGAGGAAGUGAGCGUCGGUUCGGUUGCCGGUGGCGGAAGGUACGACAAUCUGGUAGGUAUGUUCAAUCCGAAGCGGAAACAGGUCCCUUGCGUGGGAGUUUCGAUUGGCGUGGAGCGGAUCUUCUCGAUCUUGGAAGCCAAGAACCAGCAGAAGAAGAUCCGCACGACGGAGAUCGAGGUCUACGUGGCUUCGGCGCACAAGGGACUGCAUUUGAAGCGGAUGGAAGUGCUGAACAAGCUGUGGGAUGCCGGCAUUAAGGCGGAACAUCCGUACAAGCAGAAUCCGAAGCUGUUGGCCCAGCUGCAGUACUGCGAGGAGAAUCAGAUUCCGUACGCGAUCGUCCUGGGUGACGAGGAGCUGGCGCGGGGCAUUGUGAAGCUGAGGGAGAUCGCAACCCGCAAGGAGGAUGAAGUUCCACUGGAAUCGCUAGCGGAGGAGAUCCGCAAACGGUUGAACGUUUGAGCUCGAUAGUUUUGUCCGGGAGAAGCAGGAAACUUGC